AUGUAUUCUCUGAUACUCCACGGAAGAAGGUCGAUCAUCGACUUGCAGAAAUGUCUUAACUUCAGAUUUUCAGUGCAAAAUGCGUUUGCUUUCUCCGAUUCGUUCUCCUCUGCUUAUUAUGCUACUGUUGUGAGGUCUCAAGAUGGUCUAAAAGGUCAGACUUUUACAGUCUCUUACCUCGUUGCUUCUCUGGGAUUAGCUACAAAACUCGCUGAAUCGAUCUCGAAGAAAGUCAGCUUUGAGGACAAGGGUAAUCCUGAUUCUGUUCUGAGUCUUCUUAGGAGUCAUGGGUUCACAGAUUCUCAGAUCUCCACCAUCGUUACGAACUACCCACGAUUGCUUACAUUAGAUGCUGAGAAAUCUGUUGGUCCAAAGCUUCAGUUUCUACAGUCCAGAGAAGGAGCUUCAACCUCUGAACUCACUGAGAUUGUUACAGAAGUCCCUAAAAUCUUAGGAAAGGACAGAUCUAUCAGUGUAUACUAUGAUUUCGUCAAAGAGGUUAUAGAAGCUGAUAAGAAUUCCAAGUUCGAAAAGUUAUGUCAUUCUUUGCCACAAGAAGGUAGUAAGCUGGAGAAUAAAAUCCGAAAUUUAUCGGUUUUGAGAGAGCUAGGCAUGCCUCAUCAAUUGUUGUUCCCUUUGCUUAUCUCAAAUUGCAAUUAUGUCUGUGGGAAAGAGAGAUUUGAAGAAUCCUUUAAGAAGGUUGUUGAGAUGGGUUUUGAUCCGACUACCCCGAAAUUUGUCGCUGCUUUACGCGCUGUUUACUCAAUGAAGAACGAAACAAUAGAAGAAAAAGUUAAUGUCUAUAAAAGGUUAGGCUUUGCUGUGUGUGAAAUAUGGGAAAUGUUCAAGAAGUUUCCAAUCUCUCUGACACUAUCGGAGAAGAAGAUAACUAAGAAUUUCGAAACCAUGAAGAGGUGUGGACUACUCGAAGACGAGGUCCGCACUGUGCUAAAGAACUUUCCGCAGUGCAUCGGUCUUUCAGAGGAGAAGAUAGAGAACUCCAUUCAAACAUUUCUAGGUCUAGGAUUCAGUAGUGAUGAGUUUGCGAUGAUGGUCAAGCGCGUUUCUUCGUGCAUUGGAUAUUCUGCAGAGACGGUGAAGAAGAAAACCGAGUUUCUGGUGAAGAAGAUGAAUUGGCCACUAAAGGCUUUGGUUUCAACCCCUCAGGUAUUUGGAUACAGCAUGGAGAAGAGGAUUGUGGCAAGGUGUAACGUAAUCAAAGCUCUAAUGUCGAAAAGAUUGCUUGGAACUGAAUUACCUCCAAUGUCGUCUGUUUUGGUAUGUACCGAUGAAAUGUUUUUAAACAAGUACGUGAGGAAACACGAUGAUAAGCAGCUAGUGCGUGAGUUGAUGGCUAUCUUCACUGGAAAGACGAGUAAAGCUUCUGAAAAAAAUAGAGCGUUUCGAAGUCUAUAA